AUGCGGAGGAUUGUUGAGAUUCCUAGGUCGCCUGGUGGUUAUGGGUUUCGUUUGAAGAAUGAACGUCCUUGCCUCAUAGAUCAUGUUCUAACUGGGUCUAAUGCAGAAAAAUCAGGGGUUAGGGUUGGUGAUAUAUUGCUCAAAGUGAACGGUGUGAAUGUUAUUAGUGCUACUCACGAAGAAGUUGCCUCGUUGAUUUGGCGAUGCCAUAAAAAGUUAUUCAUUGAGGUAGAGUCACAGGAAUCAAGGUCUAGCCAAUGUAUCAUUGGUUCUUUAGAAUCCAGUCAUCAGGAUUCACACUGCAUGAUUAGUUCGGAACACAAAACUUAUAGCAGAACAACCUCGGUGUUGAUUUAUGCAGGUUGUGUAUCAGUGCCUACUGAUUUUAAGUCACAUACUGAAGAACUUUCAAUUCUAAGGAGGAAAACUAACUCUGUGGUUAAUAAAAUACAUGUCCAUGCGAUAUCAAUAUGCUUGGUCGAUAUCCGUUUAGGUGUUCUCCAGGUUCACCUUCAUGACACAUACACUGCAAAAUACCCGGUUAGCUGUUUGCACUCGGCUGGUCAUGUUGAUUCCGACGAAAAGUUUCUUUACAUUGUUACUCGCAGUAAGAACAAAGGUAAUGCUAACACGAUAAAAGUCAAUGAGAACCGUGGAAAAAAUGCUUCUGUUAAGUUAAUGAACUGUCAUGUAUUCAGAACACUACCAGCAAAAUUUUUAUCUCAUUCGGGUCACAUAGCGAUUGCAAAGACGUUUGGAAUAAACUGUUCAUAUGACCGCUUGACUGGCGAGUGCUGUAAUUUCCCUUCCAGCACUACUUGUGCACUAUCCCAUUUACAAACUAUGCUGGGGAAUUCAGGAUUACAAAGCACUAUGAAUAUUGGAGAUCUUCGGAGCGUUUCACGACGAAGUUCCGAAAUAUAUCACAGUUCAGCUGAUAUUUCUUCGACAGAAUUUCACACGAAAUCAAAUUCAUUAGCAAUAAGUUUCCAGGAUCCAAACCAUCAUGCUAAUCAGCCUAAAAGAUCCCGUAAUUCUCUUCCUGAACCAAUAAAUCCUAACUUGAUCUCAAAGUUUUUAAAGGCCACUUCAUCUUUAAGUUCACGAAUUGUGAGUUCAAAGAAUUCUUUGGAAACGGUAAAAACGAAUUGUAAUGAACAGCUACCAAAAAUCAGUUGUUUUAGUUCUACUACUGAAAUUGAAGAUACGGAAAAUAUAGAGCCACCUAAUGAUCCGUCAAGUGCGUCAUCAAAUCCAAUGUCAUGGGCGAAAGAUUUUGAUAACCUUCUAAAUGACCCUGUCGGUUGCAAUGAAUUUAGGAAAUUUCUGAUAACAGAAUUCAGCAGUGAAAAUCUUGAUUUUUUGCUUUCAGUCCGUAGUUGGCGUCAUUCCUUUGAAACCGGAAAUGUGAAAAAGAAAGCAAAUGAGAUAUUUAGUCAAUUCUUGGUUUCUGAUGCUACUCAAGCUGUAAACAUAGAUCACUUAGCUAUAAAGUCUGCCUCAUCUUGUUUAUCACAUCCUCAUGUAGAUAUGUUCUUAGAAGCUGAAAAUCAGGUAUAUACAUUAAUGAAAACUGAUUCAUUCCCACGAUUCUUAGAGUCUUCGAACUAUUCAUCAAUAAUAAAUAAUUUCAAUGUAAAUAAAUCUUCCCGAAAAUCAACUGUGCUAAAUCAAUCUAAAAGUUUUAAGAACAAAACAGAUGUUUCUCUAGAUAGAAUGUCUUCAAAAAUAUCAACAACUAUUAACCGACCUGACAAAGACGAUGGUAAAUUGAUAUCAUCGCAAGUAAAAAGUUGUAAACAUGGCAGUUUUCAAGUGAACAAAAGUAAAAUUGUAGUCAUGCAUAACAGUGAUAAAACUGCUACUCCUAGUGCUGAGAUCAAAGACAAAUUGAAUAAGGAAUUUAAUAAUAAUAGUUUCAAGUCAAAUUUAAUAAGAUUAAAAAGUAUGAACGUGAUCUCACGCAGUUCUAGGGUGGCCAACAGUCCAUGUUCAAUUUUAAGCGAAUCUUCAAAACACAAUUGCGUUGCUAUUAAGAGAUGGAUGGGGAUAUUUCUUACAGUGUCAGGCAGUUCCACAGGUUACAUUCCAAAUAGAUCUCAAGUUCUUCCUCCAUUAAGAGGAAGCUUUCCGUUAGAUCAUCAUGGCGUAUGUAAAGUUGCUAUGUUGGAAUGGACUCAAUGUAUGAAAAAGAAUCAUUGGAAUAAUUCUUUAUGUAGAUCUGAAGCGGCCGGUUAUUUGCGUUGUCGAGCAGAGAACAAUUUAAUGAAUCCUGAUGAAAUCUCCUUGCUUGGAUUCACUGAAGAAGAAUGGAAUCAAACUAAUAAACAUUUCGAUAGUAAAACGUAA